AUGUCGCAGGAAGAGAGCGAUGUUAUCUCUACUCUGACCGGAUUCUCGCUCGACAAUGUCCUCAGCGGACUCGACCUGCCCACUGGACCCGCCUUGACCAACCGACUCGGUCUCGUUGGGACUGCAAGUUUAACCUCUAAUCAAAUCUACAGUGAAAAGUGGGACGACGCCGAUGCCGUUGGACCUGGAGAGGGAGAAGACUGGGAAGACGAGGUGGACCGAGAGCUGGAGGCUGAGGGGUCCGAUGAUGGUGCUCAAGUGAAGACGGAGAUGGAGUCUCCGAAACAGAUGGGGAAAGGGGAGAAGCGAAAGAAGGUUGUAAUAAGACGGAUAGAAAGACCAAAGACCGUCCACGAACGAUUUCCAACAUUUGAGAAGGACAAGGUCCUCAACUUUACGGAGCUUUUCAAAGGAUUCACAGUACAGAAAUCAAGAGUUUCUCGGAGACCGUUCCAGGUGGAAGCAGUAUACCCCAGGAAGAGAGAGGUCCCGAGAGGGUUUCUCGCCUCCGUUGUCGGGGACAUGGAAAGACAAGUUGAGAGUCAGCGGGUAGAAGAAGUUGUUGCGUCGAGUAGCAUCGAGGGUGAUCUCCGGCGAGCUUUGGAGGAACGUGGAGAUUCGGAGCUUCCGGUCUCGCUGCCACUACAUGACCGCUCCUUUGACCUUGUUCUACUCUCAAACUGGGAGGACCAAAUCAUCUAUGAAGCUGAAGAUGAUGGCGGAUUCAUGCAGCCUGGCGUGCCUGCCGCAGACCUGACGACCCCACAGAAUAAGAUCCUUGAAUCUGGCGUUUGGACCCAGAGUAUCAUAUGGAAUCCCCGUGCCCCCUUUCGUGACUUUACACAACUCGAGCUCAACGAGGAGGAUAAUCACGUUGACGAACGACCCGCGGGAUAUGAUACUGUUCGGCCACGAAAGAGAAUGCGGACUGAUAACCAGCCGAAAGACAAGUUCAACUUAUCUAAUGACCAAUUCUACGAGGUCAACAAGGACGGUGGACGGCACCGUGUCCGGCAAACCUUCGGCCAGCUGGUCGUCGAACACGCAUAUCCUGCCCAGAAGCUACAGCUGCCAUUCUACAAAACCCGUCUAUCUAAGCAAGAAGCCCGGUCUUUCCAUCGGCCAGCUAUGCAGUUCCCUGCGAAUGUUGAAAUCCACUUCAGCAAGGUCAGGACAGCCAAGACAAAGAAAGACAAGGCCGGAAGAAAGGUGGGCAAGGGUGGGAACGUCGGCGAGGGUUUGCAUAGGACGGGUGAUCUCAGCCUUCGGGACACGAGCAACUUUGUCCUCUGGGAAUUCUCUGAAGAGCAUCCCCCUAUCAUUUCGAAUUUUGGCAUGGGAAGCAUCCUGGUGAACUACUACCGUAAGAAGAACGAGCGGGACGAGCAUAUACCUAAGUACGACCUUGGGGAACCCAUCGUCAUCGAGCCACAGGACGAAUCCCCAUUCAUGAAAUUCGGAUAUGUAUACCCAGGCCAGACCGUCCCAUCCCUGUACAACAAUCUUAUGCGCGCACCGUUGUUCCGACAUAAACCUUACCCUACAGACUUCUUGGUCAUCAGGUCGACGUGCAAGAGUGACACGAAGUACUACAUCCGUGAGAUCAAAAACCUGUAUGUCGUCGGGCAGACGUAUCCUGUGACAGAAGUCCCUGGGCCGCAUUCGCGAAAAAUCACGAACACAAUAAAGCACCGUCUCCAGAUCAUUGCGUUCAAAUUGCUCCAGAAGAGCGCGGAGGAGCGACUGAAGAUUUCGCGCCUGAUGAAAUACUUCCCUGACCAGAAUGAAUUGCAGAUGCGCCAGCGACUCAAGGAGUUCAUGGAGUACCACCGCAGAGGUCCGCAUCAAGGUUUCUGGCGUCUCAAAUCAUCAUGGACGAUCCCAUCGGAUGCCGACAUGCUGAAGAUGGUGAACCCUGAGCAAGUCGUCCUAUCCGAAAGCAUGCAAGUGGGCCAGCGCCAUCUACAGGACGCCGGUUACAGCUUCAAUGGGGAAGUCGCCGAAGAUGAUGAGGGCAACCUGUCUGUAGAACAGCAGCUUGCCCCGUGGAUCACAACGAAGAACUUCCUAUUUGCUACCCAGGCGAAAGCCAUGCUGCGGCUGCAUGGGGAAGGGGAUCCUACGGGCCGUGGAGAAGCCUUUAGCUUCAUUCGGGUAUCCAUGAAGGACAUCUUCGUCAAAGCGGGCGAGGAUUACGAACAGAAGUUAGCGGAGGCCGAGAACCGCCCGAAGUCUGCCCACCGAUAUAACGUCGCAGAACAACAGCUCAUCUACAAGUCUGAAAUCGAGCGCAUCUGGAAAGCGCAGUUUGACUCGCUCAGUCGCAAGGACGAGCCAGAGCUCACCGACGAGGACGAGAAGAGAGCGGCGGAGCAGAAGCCUCCGCAGCACAGGCAGUCUGUUGUGAAUGAUGGUUUCAAUGCGUACACGCCCGCUGCUUCUCCCCAUCCCCCACGUGAGACCCCGGGUCCAACAUCCCCUACAUUCAGCCGCGGCUCUUCUCUGGUGCACGAUCGGGAGAUGAGCUUGGGCCCUGAUGCACAACGGAGGGUGCUGCGGGUCAAACGAUUGAUUGACGGCGAGUGGAAGAUGGAGAUCAUCCGUGAUUCUGCUGUCAUCAACGCGUAUGUCAAAAAGAAGCAAGCGUUGGAAGAGGAAGCCACGACGGCAGAUGCACUGGCACCAACAGGCGAUGCUGAUAAAGACAGGCGGGCGAUGAAACGGCUCGAGGAGGAGAUCGCUAGGAUGAAGAAGAACCAGGAGCGCCGACUUCACAGAAAGAACGCUAAGAUCGUCAAAGAGGGUGGUACCCCCAUGCAGCUCAAUCGGCCGGUCAAGCCUGAUACCACGAGGCGAUGUGGGCACUGCGGCCAGAUGGGUCAUAUGAAAACGAACCGCAAAUGCCCCCGCUGGGCCGAGUUCAACUCCGGCUCCCCUCCUCUGCCAACGCCUGCCGCUUCUAGUCCUCCCGCGACUUCUCCUGGCGGGCCUGGAUUCGGAUUUGCUGGCGGCUCUGACAGCUUGUUCUCACCUGCCGGCGCGACUUCCCUGCGCCCAAACCCAUCGCUGACCCUUGGCAGCCACGGCCCGUCUCCCCUUGCGACGAGUCCGCCGGUGAUGGCGAUGGAUGACGAUGACGAUGUCCCGCCGACUCCUUCCGGGUCAGGACCCAAGCUGAAGCUGACACUGAAGAAAUCGUAGGCCCCCGUUAUCUAAGUCUCAUAUACACGGACUGCUCUCCUGCAUUGCUGUAGCUAUACAUCCCGAUCGCAUUGUAAAUCACGACCACGCAUUGAGUACCACGGAGCAACCCGGCAUUUGGGGCUCCUUUUGUUAAAUCCGCA